AGCGAUACGACGAUGACAGAGAAGAGCGAUUACCUCGUCGGCGAGCCUUUGAACCGCAGGUGGAUCUCCGAUUCAAACCGAGAAAAGUUGAGAGAAGCUUGGCCGAUCGUCAAAUCGUUAUUGGAAGAAGUCGGGAUUUCAUGCUCGAUGGAUACGGUUGAUUCCGCAGUCACAGUGGAGUCACUCUGCUCUACAGACCCACUUAUCAUGCGCAAGGCAAAUUAUCUUUUCCAGCUUUUGUGCAAGACUACUGUUCCGGCACCUCUGGCAAUAGAGUUGGCACUCCAAGGCAGGCAACAUGAUCACAUCAAGCUUGGCACACAAAAUGGUGGGAUGUGACAAAAAAAAUGGGAUCAACAAGGAGAAUUUUCAUAAACUGCGGAGAGGGCUCAAACGCUCUUUAAAGGAACUUGAAGAUCUGACCCACUGUACUCUUUUUCUGGACAAGAGCACUCUUACUGCCGUGGGUCCUUCUCCAAGACUAUGGUGGGUCAGGAAUGUUUGGAAUUUCUCCAUUACUGGAAAGUUAAGCCCUGCACAUGUUAUAAGGGUUUUCAACCGGAAGCUGAAACGAACAACAAUGAAAAUGGGCAACAGCGAUACUAUGAUGAUGGGGAAGAGUGAUUUCUGCGUCCUUGAGCAGCCAAAAAUCAAUCACCAAGUGAGCCACCCUCUUCCGAUGCAGAACAGUGAUACUAUGCUGAUGGAGGAAAGUGAUUUGUGUGUCCUUGAGCAGCCGAAAUUCAGUCACAAACUUAGCGACCCCUUCCCGAUAACGGAGAAAUGCGAUUUCGGCCACCUUGAGCAGCCGAAAUUCAGUGACGAAUUUAGCGACCAUCUUCAGAUGGAGAGCUGCAGGUCUUUCCGUCUUAUCUCCCCUGAAAACCAAGCCAAGUUGAAAGAAGCUUGGCCGAUGGUCGAAUCUUCCUUAGAAGAACUUGGGUAUAUGUGCGCAAUGAGUACGGUUGAUUCCACAGUGUUAGUUGUAUCACCCGGCUCUACAGACCCAGAUAUCAUGCGCAAGGCAAAAUAUCUUUUCAAGCUUUUGUGCAAGACUCCUGUUCCGGCACCUCUGGCAAUAGAGUUGGCACUCCAUGGCAGGCAACAUGAUCUCAUCAAGCUUGGCACUCAAAAGGGUGGGAUGUGCAAAAAAUAUGGGAUUAACAGGGACGAAUUUCAUAAACUGCAGAGACGUCUCAAACGCUCUUUAAAGGAACUUGAAGCUCUGACCCACUGCUCUUUUUCUGGACAAGACAACUCUUACUGCCGUGGGUCCAUCUCCAAGAUUACGCUGGGUCAGGAAUGUUCUGAAAUUCUCCAUUCCUGGAAAGUUAAGUCCUGCACAUGUUAUUAGGGUUUUCAACCGCAAGCUGAAGAAGACAAAAAUGAUAAUGGCGAACAGCGAUACUACGAUGAUGGAAAAGAGUGAUUUCUGCGACCUUGAGCGGCCCAAUUUCAAUAACGAAGAUAACGACCGUCUUCUGUUGCAGAACAGCGAUACUGUGAUGAUGGAGAAGAGUGAUUUUUGCAUCCUUGAGCAGCCAAAAUUUGAUCAUGCGGUUAGCGACCCUUUCCUGAUGAAGGAGAAAAGCGAAUUCGGCGUCCGUGAGCAGCCAAAAUUCAAUGACGAAGUUUGCGACCCUCUUCCCAUGGACAAUAGCAGGUCUUUCCGUCCUAUAUCGGCUAAAAACCGAGCCAAGUUGAAAGAAGCUUGGCCGAUGGUUGAAUCGUCCUUAGUAGAACUCGGGUGUUUAUGUGCAAUGAGUA